AUGAGUUCUGAAACUCAAAAUUCAGAGCCUGAAACCAGUUCAAACUCAUCCUCGUCCUUGUCAUCAACUCCCGGAGCAUCUCAAAUUCAAUCUUCUGUAUACACCCAGCAGAAGCCACCUGCAGUAGAUGCAGAAGCUACCAAGAAAAUCAAAAGAAUCAGGGAUUCUACCUGCGGCGGCAGAAAACACCCGGUCUACCGGGGCGUCAGGAUGCGCAACUGGGGCAAAUGGGUAUCUGAAAUCCGCGAGCCCCGCAAGAAAUCACGCAUAUGGCUCGGAACUUUCCCCACACCGGAAAUGGCAGCCAGAGCUCACGACGUGGCGGCGUUAAGCAUUAAAGGAACCUCCGCCAUACUCAACUUCCCCGAACUCGCCGGUGCAUUUCCUCGGCCGGUUUCCCGUAGCCCACGAGAUGUUCAGGCGGCUGCAGCCAAAGCAGCUGCAAUGAAGAAGUUUGAUUUAUUCACGUCCCCCUCGUCUUCAUCAAGUACUUUAUCUUCUCCUUCAUUGUCAUCUCUGAUUUCUGCUAUAGACCUUUCAACUGCAUCAGAAGAGUUGAGUGAGAUAAUAGAAUUACCGAGUCUGGGAUCGUGUUUUGACUCGCUAGAACUGAGGAAUGAUUUCGUGUAUGAUGAUAACUCGGUGGUGGAUGGGUGGCUGGACCCUCCUGCGCCGUGGUUGAGCGGUGGUGAUGUUGAUGUUGAUGGUGGUGUAAUUUCAAGUUUCAGCUUUGAAUCCUCGACGUGGAAUUAUUAA